GACCAACCCUAAUGUCAAACUACUUCCGGGUUAAAUGUCGCUCUGAGCUUAGUGGACGCUUCGUUCUAAGACGAAGGCAGAGUUCGUGGUCAUGAAGGUUCAGGACGCGGUCCAAUGGUACAAACGAGCAUCUUUCGUCUACGCCUUCGGUGUCUGGAACGUGAUCGGAGGGCUCUUGUAUUUAAAAUACAAAGGUCCCAGGCAAGCCAGUACAAGUGAUCUGAAUCAGUUAUUUGUUAUCUCUUCUUCAGAAACAAAACCAAAGAAAAUGGAAGAACCAUAAUAUCCAUUUCGAGUAGUGUAUGAGACUCCUCACAGCAAGACCAUCAUAACAUACAAGAAAGACUUUGUACCAUUCACCACAAAAAUCAGCAAUCCCCUCCAGUGGUUCCGGUAAUGGAGACAGCAAAGAAUAGGUGCUGCAUCACUGUAAAUGACAGUGGACGGAGAUUUACUGUUGUCAACAUGAAGAAAGAAGAACUGAUGAUUUGAUCUAUCACAGGGAGCUUGUGUUUUAUUAUUAGAAUAUCAUCAAACAUAUGUUUAAACAGCACCAGAUUGUGACAGUAAGUGUCUGAUGAUUGUUUGAGCUCUAGUAGGUGGUGUUUUUCAGCUGCUGGGUGUUGUUGACUACAGAACAUGUCGCACAAUAAACAGCUGUGUUGUAAGA